GCACUGCAAAAUAAAGGUUGGACAAUUUUUGCUUUCAUAGGCUACCGAUGUAUAUCCUCUUUGUGGCGUUAAUUCUCUUCUUGGUUCUCUCAUGGAGUUACAAAUCUCACAAAAACGUCCCCCCAGGCCCAUGGGGACUGCCUCUGAUCGGCCACCUUCAUUUAUUGGCAGGAACACUCCCACAUAAGGGAUUACAAUAUAUCUCCAAAAAGUAUGGCCCCGUUGUAUUCUUGAGGCUGGGAAUGAUGCCCACCGUGGUUAUCUCUAGCCAGGAGCUUGUCAAGGAAGUCUUUACAACACACGACGUGAAUUUUGGUUCCAGGCCAUACAUGGUUUUAGGCGAGCAUUUCAGCUACAACUAUUCGGGACUUGGGACUUGUCCAUAUGGGAAGCACUGGAGAGACUCUCGCAAGCUGUGUACUAUAGAGCUUUUCACAGCCAAGUGCAUAGAUUCCUUCGCGUGGAUGAGAAAGGAGGAGCUCUCUCAUGCCUUGCGAGUGAUUCUCGGCGGCAGCAAGCCAGUGAAGAUGAGGGCGUUACUAUCCAAUUUUGCUUUCAACAAUAUGUCCAGGAUUUUGAUGAGCAAGAGGUAUUUUGGUGACGACGAAGUAGACAGAGAUGCUGUAGAGUUUAAGGAGAUGCUGAGCUCUGUUGUUGACCUGGUGAUGAAUCCCUGUGUUAGCAACUUGGUGCCUUGGUACUUGAGAUGGCUAGACUGGCAGAUCCCUCGCUACAAGCGAAUCCAUGCCAAGCAAGACAACUUCUUACAAAAGAUAAUUGACGAGCACAAGGAGACAACACGGGAAUGCAAGGACUUCCUUGAUAUCAUGCUCGAGUUCUACGGAACAAAUGUCCAGGGGGAAACACACAUAAAGGCAAAUCUUUUGGAGAUGCUUGUCGCUGGAACCGAUACUUCUGCCACCACAAGCGAGUGGCUCAUGGCCUCGGUGAUGCACAAUCCUCGGGUUUUGAUCAAGCUCCAGCAGGAGCUUGACAGAGUCGUAGGCGGCAACCGGAUGGUCCAAGAAUCCGACCUCCCAAAGCUCGACUAUCUCCAGCUUGUCCUCAAGGAGACAUUUAGGUGCUAUCCUCCAGGAGUGCUACUUUUCCCACGCAUGUCUACCCAGGACGUCACAGUUGCCGGCUAUCACGUUCCAAAAGGGACCACUCUCCUGGUGAAUGCUUGGGCCGUGCACAUGGACCCGGAAGUGUGGGAGAAUCCCACACAAUUCCAGCCGGAGCGCUUCUUGGGGAGCUCCAUCGAUGUCAAAGGCCAAAACUUUGAGCUGCUCCCAUUUGGAGCCGGGCGGAGAAAGUGUCCGGGAAUGUCCCUGGGAUUGCGAACAGUGGAGCUGCUCGUGGCAAAUCUAAUUCACGGCUUUGACUGGAACUUUGUACCGGGGACGACACCGUCCAUGGAAGAGGUUUUCAAUAGUUCUUGCUACCUCAAGACUCCACUGCAAGCCAUGGCCACUCCAAGGUUACGUAUGGACAUCUACAAGAACAUGAUCAUGUAAAUGUAAAACGUGGAUAUAUUUCUAUUUUAAAAUGUUUACUUAGGAGCUUUUGAAUAUGACUACCGCAUUAAAGAUGAUGCUC